AUGUCCCGCACCAAAAACUACCACAGUCGCGAUCGACCAGACCGUGAGAGACCUUUGCCAAGACGCGUCAUCAUUCCACAAGAUGUUUCAGAUAGGCUAGCCUCACCCACAAUCAUUCCCUCGGUCAAGAUCAAUUUUGCGGCAAGCAGAAACGCAGAAAUUCUGGCGUGGGAAGCUUUCCAAGAAGCGGUUCGGGUUCAAACAAGGGCGGUGGCUGCUUACCAAAACGCCGCUGGCAAUUUCAAGUUGGCCUGGGAGGAUUUUCGGAGCGAGAGCGCGAUCGUAACGCCUGCGACAGUUUGA